GUAAGCCCCUGCCCUGAUCUUCCCCCAAAACCAAGAUAUGGCAUCUACAUGCAUAUCAAGGUGCAUCAACGACGUGGCACAGACUGAUCCGGCAGCAGUGGUGGUCCGUGCCACAUUCAAAAAUCUGUACAAGUGGCCGGAGUCAGAUGCAGAGUUCCUUAAGUCCGUGAGCUCGAACAAGCCCCAUCUCGGGCAGCCCAGGGUAGUGGACAGUAUCUCGUGUAGGCAGAUGUAUCUCAAGAGUUACACUUUCUCCAGGGACGAUGACCACAAGGGACCAGUCAGGGAGAUCAGGAUCCGAUCCCGUAGUAGUCGCAGAGCCAAAACCGUGACUGCCUCCAAGAGCUUCAAGGAAGCAUCCUUGGCUGCGCUACAAUCUGCCUUCGGGAGGUUGCUUUCUUGUACCACUAAGAUUGACGUGGUCAGUUGAUCCUAGCUAUAAUUAUUGUUGUGUUUUCAUCAAUUGCUUUGAUUCUCUUUGAUAAGAAAUAAUUUAUUGUGAUUUGUGGUUAA